CCUGCCUGAUUAUUGCGAGCGAGAGAGGACGGGAAGGAGCUGCCUGUGCCUCUCUCUCAGCAGGGUAAGGCGUAUUUCAUUUGGUAUUGGUAUAUUGACAGCUCUCAGGAGUGUAGGUUCCUUUGAAUUCUGUGCAACACAAGAUGCAAAAGUAAAAGGAACCCGAGGAGCACGAGCAGGACGUGGACGCGGAACAAGGCAUACUAGAGGAGGAACACGAACACCGGAGGUCAACACGGUACUAGCACGCAAAAACCUCCGUAAUGCAGGAACCACUUCUCAGCACCACCGGCGCGGCGAGGGGCGCCGGAAAUGACACGGAUGCUCCGCCCCCGAAGGCACCAGGUGGUACCUCCUUAGCGUACGGAUGCAUCCCCUGCGAAAAGUUGCUGAUCUGGCGCGGCGACGGGAGCAGCCGCGUUCUCUGGAAGAGCAUCUGCAGCUUCGUGCUCGUGGCGGAGAUUGGGUACUACAUCUACCUCGUUUACGAACAUUUCCCGCUCCUCGUCGUGUUUGCCCUUUUUUCCCUUGCCAAGUUUCUCGUGGAGACAUGGGGGCAGGACACGCCGACCUGGGUUUGCCCGGGCGGAAUCGGCAUGUUUUUGUUCAUCUACGUGGUCAUCAUUCCCGGUCUGUUAUUGUACCCCAACGGCGUGUGUACCAAGAACCAGGACAUCACGUUCCCCUACCACUCCGUCCUCGGCGGCUUGCUGUUCUUCGGGGGAUCGUGCUACGCGUUGAGUUACGAGGUGGGCCGGUUCCGCUGGAAGCAGGACCCGGCGAACAAGGGAAAGCUACACACGAUCGGUCUGGCGCAGUACUGCAUUCACCCCAACUACCUUGGCGACCUGUUCACGUACACGGGCUGGGGUCUGGCGGCGGGAACCACCUGCGCCAUUACCACGCCGAUCUUCAUGGUCUGGAGCUUCCUGGUCUUCGUGUGCCCGAAUUCGGACGCGUACCUGGCGCAGCGAUAUUGGCGCGAGUGGCCAGACUACGAGGCCAAAACAGCGACAUUGAUCCCGUUUUUUCGCUCGAAAGUGCUAAGCCAGGUGCUGGCGUGGGUGGCGUUUGCGGUAGGUGGGUGGCUCUACGGCAGCUGUGCGGGGCAGUGCGGGUAAAUCAAGAAGUUGACGAGUCAAGUCUCCAUUUUUGCGUACUUAUCAACCCAUUUGCUUUUACGAGCAAUGGUUUGGAUUUUUUCUGGCCGUGUGUUCGUCUGAUUCCACCGCUGCACCCGCCGGGAAGAUGCUAGGGCGGCCCGCCGCGGUUCAUUGUGUGCGCGAACUUCCUGCUGCAUCGUGAACCGACAGGAGCUAUUGCCUUUUUUAGGGGCACUUCACAGAGCGCUCAUUUAGGGGCUUCACAGAUGAGGAAAGGCGGCCGAGGUUAGCGGAGAAAUACGCAGUAGUAUCAUCAAAAUUGCGGCCCGACCCGAACACGCAAAAAAGACGGUUGCUUUUUGGAGGUUUCACC